AUGGAGGCACCGGAACAGGAGAUGCUGGUUGAAGUUGAGUCUGACAGGAACAGUGGAGCCAGGGCCAGAUGCGUGUCGGAAACCAUGUGUACUGUUACGGGACCUGCUGUUAUUGAUAUCCACGACGGAGUUUCCUUUGUCCAGGAUCGGUGUGUGUAUGAACUGAUGACACCCACAACUUCACCAAACAUCAAAAUACUGGCAGAGUUCCGGGAGCGUCGCCGUAGUGAUGUCAGCUUUUUGUACCGUCUCAUCGUGCAGAAGGACUCAAAUGUUAUAGGAGUUGUGGAUCAAUAUGGGAAAGUGUGGGUUGACGGCACAUUGGUGACUCUGACCAGCACACCUCAGCUUUUCAACAACAUGAUGCUGUCUCAGGACCAAACCGGAGUCACCCUCCAGAUGUCACUGUCCUUCAAUGUUACUGUCUUCUUUCAUGACAACACUGCACAGAUCUACAUCAAAGGUACAGACACUGAAAUCCUGGAAGGACAGAAUAAGGAAAAUGUGCAGUUGGCAGCAAAAUACAAACUCUGUGUUUUGUUGAUGUUCUUUGAAUCUACUGAAAAUGCUGGAACAGUGUUGACUUUCUGUUUGUCGCCCCCUAGCUGUGCGACACAGUACAAUGACACUGCCGAUCCGACAAUCAAUUGCACCGCGAUGUCCCAGCGCUGUGCUCUCCUGAUGGGGGCGCCCUUCACCACCUGUAACAUCAACCCACAGCCCUACAUUCAAGCCUGCAGUUACACUUUGUGCCGAUAUCCUGCGGUGGACGGUUUGAAGUGCACAUUCAUGGAGGCCUACGCCACAGACUGUGGACUCCGUGGAAACACCACGAUAGACGGCUGGAGGUCAAGCGUCAGCUGCCCUGGUCCUCAGGCCUUCUGUCAGGGCAAGUUCUGCAGCGCUCAUGAGUUCUGUGGUGAGAAGACGGCGGGUGGUGACACCCAGUGCUUCUGUCGAGCCAUUUUUGCCUCCCAGUAUGGAUCAGUUUUUGGGCGGCAAACUAUCUGCAAAGACAACUCUGCUUCUGUUAGUCUCGCUACUUGUCUCCUGGAGGCUGCACACAUUGACUACACCAUCCUUCACCUGAUAGAUCCGAACUGCAGGGGUCACGCAAACAAUAUGACCGGCAUGGUGACCUUCAGCUUUGACAGCACCAACACCUGUGGUACAGUGGUCACGAGCAACGACACCCACAUAAGCUACAUGAACACUAUUAUGUCACAUAAUAUAUCUAAUGAGAUUGUUCGCGAGGAGGAAGUGCUGAUUGAAUUCUCCUGCUUCUAUGACCAACCACAUCUGAAGAGCACUGACAUUCAAAUCCAAGACAGAUGUGUCCUUGUACAAAGACCUAAUGACCACCAAACAGUAAAACAAUGCGUGUGUGUGCUCUUCAGCUCUGUGAUCCAGCAUGUAAGAGAUGGACAAUGGAUUUAUAACCUGACCAUGAAGGCCUAUUUGGACUCUGCCUAUACCCAGACUUUGGAGGGGGUAGCCAGUAUCCAACUGAACCAGAAGAUCUGGGUGGAACUGGAGGCAGAUGGACUGGAUAGCAACAUUGUCGCUCUGGUGAUACAAUCUUGCUGGGCAACUCAUGAGCUAUUAUCCAAUGGGAGUCUCAGAUAUGACCUGAUCGUGAACAGCUGUGCUAACCCCAAUGAUGGAACAGUGAUGGUGGAAAGAAACGGACAAGGAACCAACAGCUCAUUCUCCUUCAACACCUUCAAGUUCUCUGGGCAAACUGGUGACAUCUCCCUGCACUGCCAAGUCCACCUGUGUAGCACCAUCAACAACAACUGUGUUCCGGUACAACUCACUGAUGUUGACCUAACCAUGAUCCAACCGUCUGCCUUUUUGUUUACCCCAUCGCCUCUACUUCUUGCAGUUGCACUAUAG